CUUUGGGAAAGCAAGCUGAUGCAGUCCAAAGCUGUAGAUGGGUUUCAUUCAGAUGAACAACAGCAACAGCAGCUUCUACACGCUCAGCCACAACAGCUUCAUCAUGUAGCACCAUCGCAGCAGUCACAUCCUCAGCAGCAUGCGUUACAACAACAGCAGUCACAGCAGGUGCUCAUCUCAUCAACUCAGCAAGCACCUCAACCACAAGUGAUAGUGCAAGAUUCCAAGCUGAUACAGCACAUGAACACAACUGGCAUGGUAAGGAUUUUACACAAUGCUAGGCUUAACUUACCCUUGGGUAUUUCUCCACUACCAUCGUUGUUUUCCAACAAUGGUCAGAUCUUGCAGGUUGUUAGAGCUGCAAAUGGAGCACAGUAUUUGGUACAGUCACAGCAGCCAGUAGUUCUACAGCAGCCGGUUAUUCCUCAGAUGCAGCCUGGAGUUCAGGCACCUGUUAUUCAGCAGGUUUUGGCACCAAUUUCUGCAGGCAUGCAGCAACAGACUGGAGUCAUCAUUCAGCCUCAGCAGAUAGUCAUUUCAGGAAGUAAGGUCCCUCCAAACGCUCAGCUCAUGCAACAGACAACAGUAGCAGCGUCUACAACGAUGCCGCAGGGCCAGAAUACAGCAGCUGGACAGCACCCACCAUUAAUGCUUCAGGUUGAUGGAACAAAUGACACAUCCUCUGAAGAAGAUGAGGAUGAAGAAGAAGAUUAUGAUGAAGAUGAAGAUGAAGAAAAGGAAAAGGAUGGAGAUGAUGAUGGGCAGGUUGAAGAGGAACCUCUGAACAGUGAAGAUGAUGUCAGUGAUGAAGAUGGGCAAGAGCUGUUUGACACGGAGAAUGUUGUUGUAUGUCAGUAUGAUAAGAUUCAUAGAAGCAAAAACAAGUGGAAAUUUCACCUGAAGGAUGGAAUCAUGAACUUGAAUGGCAGAGAUUACGUGUUUUCUAAAGCCAUUGGUGAUGCAGAAUGGUGAAAAGGAACUAAUUAACUUAAGACUGGACAUGGUGUGCACUUCAGCUUACUAAGCUUGCACAACCCAGUAAAAAUACAAGUAGGAACUACUGGAACUGUGCUACUGAGUAGUACAGCCAACACUACAUCCUGUCAGCAAGCCUUAGAUUGAUAGUGGCUAGUAAUAGGCGAUGAGACCCAGAAAUCAGGUUAUUUUAUUGUAAGUAAGAUGAGACCCAGUUAUUUUAGUUCCAUAACUUCCAUGCUGCAUUCAGAUAUUAAGAUGAAUGCAUGUUUUACAUCCUAAAGGUCUAUUUUCAGUACUGUUUAUGCUUAACAGUUGCUCUCUUACCUUUUUGUUGUUUAGAGGAAGGAGAAAUGUUUUUAUUGGGGAAGGUCUAGAACAGGGUGUUGAACAAGAGGUUAUGAACAGUAGUGCCAUUAAGGUCCGUUGCUUGUUCAUAUUCUUGUCUUACUGAAAUGUUUUAUAUGAAAAUAUAUAUAUGUAUAUUAUAUAUAAAUAUAUAUUUUAUCUUAAUCUUAUUUAUUACAUUUCUUUGAAGUUUGAAAUCUGGCUGAGUAAUUCAUGGAAUGUGUCCUUCAUUAAAGAUGCACAAUCUUCAGAUUUUUAGCAGCAAAUAGGGUCCAAGUGAUGUUUACGAUGAGCCAAAAUGGUUAGUUAUUGCAAAGGAAAACUGUUGUGAAAGUGUAUUUGAAAAGCUACUGAUGUAAAAGAGUUUUUAGUCUUCAGCUUUUUUUAAAUUCAUUACAAUUACUUUUCAGUUUUAAUCACAAUUCUGCAGAUUAUGAAAAUUGAAGCAGUGCCAUUUAUUAUAACUUUAAGAGCAGUUGACCAGUAUACCCUCCUUUUCCGUACAACACUUUGGUGCCAUUCUCUAGUGUUUAACACAUCUGACCUGCAGGUUAACACGUUCAGGGACAAUUUACUAAUUUUGAUAAAUACUGUUACUACAGAAUCUGUAUCCUAAUGAAGUGGUCUAUGCAUUUAGUGUAGGUUUAAAUAUGGCAAAAACUUUUGGAACUAUGGGUCCAUUAUUUCUGACCCUUUAUCCAUAUGUGCCGUCUCCCAUGAAUGAGCAUACCACUUCCUAUGCUUUUAGAUGUCCUAGCUCUGCCACAAAAAUAUUGUUACAACUUUUGAUUUUUCGUGAUUGUGAGCAGCUGUCCUUUUUGAGUAAUCUUCAGGCCACAAGAACAGUUGUACAGUUUGGAAACACAGUAUUGAUUCUGGUGGUGGUUUUAGGCAACAUAAUGUUUACAGUUAACAGCCAUAGCGGUGAUUUUUUGCAAGAAAACGUGUGGGUACACUUAAACCUGUAGCAUUUAUUUCCAGCAAGAAAACAUGGAUAUACUUAAAAGCCACAUCAGUGGUCAUUGUAGUGAUUUUGAACAAGAAAAUUUCCAGUUACUCUUAAUAGCCAUAGCAGUGGUUAUAGUGGGGGUUUUCAUAAUGCACCGUUCUGGCUGCUUAACAGCAUUUUGGAACUCUGAGACUGCUAGAACAAAUGCUUAACCCUGUUUUGUUAUUGUUGAAUUUUUAAUAAAAAUUGAAGCCCUGAAUUAGAGAUUAAAAAAAAAAAAAAAAAAAAGCUUAAGUAUAUUAAAA